AUGAGCACUUCCAAGAGAUUAGAGUCUGCUCGUCAAGUGAAACGUUUGGCUAAGGAGUGUAAAGCUGAGACACAUGUCACUAGCGACGAGGAAGUCGACGAGAACGAGCAGCUGGAGAAGAAGCGGACUGCUAAUGUGGGCUUUGCAUUUCUAGUCGACUCUGAUUCAGAUAAGAGUGACGGCAAUAGCGACAGCGAGAUCGAUCAAGAUGAAGCGGAGGAUCAAGUAGAAAAAGAUGUGGAGAAACCGGUAGUGGUGGCUCCCGAGCCCAUCAAGGGGAAGAAGAAAAAAUCUAAGAAAAAAGGCAAGAAAAAAGGUCGAGCAGAGAGUGAAGAGGACGAGAUGAAGGAGUCGGUGGACGACAUUUUGGACACGUUGGCGACAAAGGGUAGCAAUUUGAGUGUUGAUAACGUCAUGUCCGUUCGCAAUGAGCAGAAGCAGUCGCUUCUUGGCGUGCAACUUAAAUUUGCGAACGCAGACAAAGAGAUGAAGAGAAUUUUUGGGGUGAGGGAAAGCAGUCAUGGCAGCAACAGAAAACGUGGUGACCUUCGUGCUAGAGUGACAACGAAGAAGGUGAUGUUAGUAUCACCCUUGGAAGAAUGGCCUCGUCCACCUACGUUUGUUGGUGGUGGCAUCCGCUGGACACGAUCCAACAAGCCCAAGGGUGCUGGCUGGAACAGCUUAUGUAAUUACUUUGAGAUCACGUGGUCAAUGGCGUACAAGAAGUCGCAAGAAGAAUUUGAACUUCUUCAGCGAACGCACGACCCGAACCUCAUUGCUCAAUUCUUGCAGCGCUACCCAUACCAUAUUGAUGCGUUGCUCACGAUGAGCGAAUUCUUCCAGCACCAUGGUCAAAUGGACCAUGCAAUUGACUGCAUUAAGAGAUGCAUGUACGUGUUGGAGCUUGCUUGGGCUGACCAGUUUGAUGUCUCGAAGGGAAAUUGUCGCAUGGACAUUCAAACGGAGCACAAUUCGGGCUUCUACAGAGCCUUGUUUCUGCUGAUGAAGCAAGUUGGACGACGAGGAUGCAUGCGGAGUGCCUUCGAGACAUCUAAACUACUGCUUAGUCUGGACCCUCAAGGAGACCCUAUGAACGUGCUUUUGGCGAUCGACUACUACGCACUGACGUCGCGUCAAUGCCAAUUCCUCGUCGACUUGUUUAGUUCAAAGACUCCUGUAGUAGAUCGAGUUGCAACCAAUGACACGGAUUCAAAGAAGAAGGGUGGCAAGAAAGCUUCUCGAGAUGCGUCUGAUGACAUUACAGUGUUGCCAAAUCUCCAAUUCUCGCUUGCUCUCGCCCAUUUCUUCUUAGGCAACGAAACGGAGGCCAAGGAUCAGCUGGCCGCAGCGUUGCUCAAGUUCCCAACAAUACUGAAGCCGCUUUUAGAGAAAAUCGCUGCCCAUUCGUCCUCAGCUUCGUGGCAGCCGAUUUUAGCAAGUCGCGUGUUUGCCAAUGCUCGAAGUGUUGAUGGAGAGCUCAGCGUACUCCAGCACUUGCUGGACAUCUACGUGACGAGAAACCACUCUCUUUGGAAGGUGAAUGACGUGCAGGCGUUCCUCCUUCGCAGCGCGCAGCAUGCUCUUGCCACUCCGACACUAGUGUCUGCAAACCCUCAGGUGUUGGAGCUGCCUACGUGUGUGGACAAGUACCUUUGUGCUGUCACUGCAGACUACUCGGACGAUAUCACCACGUUGCCUGCAGACCACCCAAUGUUACAGCCACCGCAGAUGCAAAACGGCCAGCCAGUGGAUCCCGAGGCUUUCAAUGCGCUUGCACGUGCGCAGGAGGAGUUUGAGGAAGGUCAUUUACCGGCCGACACCAACCCGCUGCUACUAUUUCUGCAGACGUUGCUGCCUUGGAACCACGUCCAAGGUGCAGGUCGGCAGCAACAGCCACCACCGCAGUAA